AUGCGCGUCAAAUGGCGCAAUUCGUUCGGGAGCGCUGGAGAGUCAGGUCCUUCUCGCCUCGUAGCUGGCUCUCGCUCGGAUGACAUGGAAAGGUUACGCACGAGCCCCUCCCCCCCUCUCUCUCUCUCUGGGCAGCAGCCGCAGGUGGCGAAAGCGAGCCGCGCGAUUGGAGAAGCGACGGACGGACUGGACAUGUCGCGACGGACGUGGAUCGCCAACGUCUUGGUUGUGAGCCAAUCAGGGGGCAGAGAUCGGGUAUAA